AUGGGCGAUUGGGACGGCUCAGCAGAUGCUUGGUAUGCGGACGAGGACAUGCUGGGUUGGGACUCCCUGCACUAUGCUGCUGACGGCGGUCAUGUGGACGUCAUUCGUCUUUUGCUCAAAUCAGGUGCGCCAUGGAAUGCUGUCGACUCUCUUGGAUACACAGCUGCAGAUAUUGCAUGGUCGCGUAACCACACGGCCUGCUACGAUAUUCUGUUUCAGGAGGGCAUCCGGCAGUCCUUUCUUCUCAAUGUGAUAGCCCGACGAGCGGAUUUUGGCACCAAGGCAGAAGAUAAUAUGAAAGAAGAUCAUGCUGUUCGAUCCGAUGAGGCUGACUCUGCGCACUUGACGCUUGUGUCGGGGUCGCAGAAUGAAGUAACAUAUUCGAACACAGACUUUCUAAAGAGCCGACUCAUUUUCUCACAAGAUAGCCAUGGGCAAUGGCGCUGUCUUGACAAAGAUAAUAACAUGGUAAUGGCUGAAUGGGAGAACGAAAUUAUGAUUGCUUCUGCGAAAGCAUUGUGCGAGGGUCAGCAAAAUGGGUUCUCUGUCCUGAAUGUCGGCUUUGGUCUUGGCAUUAUUGAUGAGGCCAUCCAAACAUACAAUCCCGGCCGCCAUGUGAUUAUCGAGCCACAUCCUGAUGCUUUGGCAUUCAUGCACCAGCUUGGCUGGGACAAGCGACCCGGUGUAGAAAUCUUUGAAGGAACAUGGGAGGAAUUCCUAAUGCCAGAGGACGAUGAAGAUGGAGCUAUCGCGGCAAAACUAGGCGAUUUUGAUGCGAUUUAUUUCGAUACCUAUUCACAAGACUAUGCUGACCUGCGUGCCUUUUUUGAGUGCCUUCCAAAUGUGCUCUCUGGCCCCGAUGCUCGCUUUUCUUUUUUCCAUGGCUUAGCUGCUACCAACCAAUUCUUCUAUCACGUAUACACUCGGGUAGCUGAAUUGGACUUGCGUGACAUUGGACUUAACACAGAAUGGACUACGUUACCAAUGAAUGUCGAAGAAGUUGUAUGGGAGGGCGUCAAGCGCAAGUACUGGUGCCUCGACGAGUAUUUCCUUCCUCUGUCGAAAAUGCAGCUUUUCUAA